CAUGAUUAUAAAUAGACCAUAUUUUCUUUUAAUUUAAAUUCUUUUUAUAAAAAUUAUUUGUAGAAUUAUUAUCUAUUUAUACUUUAAUAUCAAUAACAAUUAAUUAAUCAAUUAUGGAAGCCGAAUCUUCUCAUUCAUUCGAUGCUGAUGCAUAUAAGCAAGCAGUUAGAGUUGAGCCAAGUGCUAAAGUUCCUAUGAAAUUAACCAAUUUUACUAAAUCAUAUGAAACACCUGAAUUCAAUACUUAUCAACAUUUUAUUAAUAAUAUGGGUCAAAUAUUUGGUUCAUGUGGUGUAUUUUGUUUUCUUUGUAGAAAUCCUUAUAGAGAAGUUGAGCAAGGUGAAGUUGGAUUAGUUCAAACUUUUGGUGCUUUAUCAAGAACUGUUGAACCAGGGUUAUCUUAUGUUAAUACAUGGUCUGAAAAAUUAACUAGAGUAUCAAUUAAAAUAAAUAUUCGUGAAAUUCCUGCUCAAAGAUGUUUUACUAAAGAUAAUGUAAGUGUUAUUAUUACUUCUGUUGCUUAUUAUAAUAUUAUUGAUCCUCAAAAGGCUAUUUUUGCAAUUGCUGAUAUUCAUACUGCUAUUAUUGAAAGAACUCAAAAUACUUUGAGAGAUGUUGUUGGUAGUAGAUCUUUACAAGAAGUUGUUGAAAAGAGAGAAGAAAUUGCUGAAUCAAUUGAACAUAUUAUUGCUAAUACUGCUUUUGAUUGGGGUGUUCAUAUUGAAUCAAUUUUAAUUAAAGAUUUAACUUUACCUGAAAAGGUACAAGCUUCAUUAUCAAUGGCUGCAGAAGCUAAGAGAAUUGGUGAAGGUAAGAUUAUUAAUGCUAAAGCUGAAGUUGAAAGUGCUAAAUUAAUGAGAAAAGCUGCUGAUAUUUUAGCUUCUAAGCCUGCUAUGCAAAUUAGAUAUUUAGAAGCUUUACAAAAUAUGGCUAAAAGUUCUGGUUCAAGAGUUAUUUUUAUGCCAUCAUCUCAAGAAGUUGAAAGAAUGGCUACUACUAAUAUUUCUGAUAAAGAAAAGGCUCAAAAUUUAGAUGAAGAUGAUGAAUGGGCUCAAGGAGCUGGUUUUAAUCCUCAAUCUACUGGUAAUAACAGACAAAUUACCAAUACUGUUUCUUUACAAGAAGCUUUACGUUAAAAUUAUAAUCAUUAAUGAAUUGUGAAUUGUGAAUUGUUUAAGAUGAUUUCUCUCUUUCGCUCUAUAAGUAUUAUUAGUUGUACAUUUAAUUUAUGUUUUUGAAGUGUACAUCUUUUCUUUCCCCAAUAAAUAAUUAUUAUUAAUAAUUGGUCGCUACUUGCCGAAUUGGGUAGUAAAUCCACCGAGAACUUCUAGAAUUAGAAUACUUAUUUUUAUACUUAGUUCCUCCAAAUUGACCCCCAUUUUCUCCACUAAAUUGUAUAACUUAUAGUUAUGAUAUACACUAGCGAAGAUUGACAUUAGUUGAAAAAAUGUAUAGGAUUAUUACUAGAGUUGUGAGACUAUGAUAUGCUAUUAAAUAGUUCAUAUAAUGUAAACCAUUACUUUUAUAAAUACUAUAACUACAACUAUAACUAUAACUAUACCGAUUAAUGUAAACCAGUUUUAUAUACUAUUAUGAUUUAUCUAUACUCUUUAAACUAUA